CUGACCCUGCAGAUGGACGGACUCGGGGCGGGACUCGGACACUCAGAUCCAGAAGUUGUGAAACUUCCUGCAGCUCCAGAAAGACUUUAAAAAGGACAGAUACCAUCUUUUGGAGAUUAACCGGACUGAGAGAGACCAUGGCAGAUGAAGAAGCGGGGAUGGUGGAGGGGGUCAGUCCGGCUCAGAGUCCUCUGGUCCAAGUGUCCUUUCAGAGAAACGACAACAGGAAACAGAAGUAUCUGGAGGCUGAGCCUAAGUUUCUGGGGGUUACUCAGAUCGGUCUAAGUGCGUAUCAGAUCCUCAGUGUGAGUGUGUUUCUGGCCAAGGACCUGAGCCAGAUCAGCACUGACAUCCCUUUUUUCAUCUCAUCUCUACUGGUGGUCAUUGCUGGUAGUGUGGCCGUAGCUGCUCAGAACCUCCAUCUACCAACACUCAGAGCCUGUCUGGGGAUGCAGAUUGUGGCGUGUGUGGCGUCCGUCUUCAACAUGAUCACCACUCUGAUCAAAAUGGAGAUGCAGUACUUUUACUGCUGGCACUACAGCUACGACAACAGCACUAUACACAUCGGAGAGAUCUGCCACAUGAUCGAUAACACACAGUCUCAUUUCUACGCUGAGGGCGUGGUCAUUCAGGUCACCUUGUUGGCCAUCUCUGUGACGCUGGCCAGUUACUGCUGUAAGGUGGCCAACUGCUGCGCUCCAGCUCCAAAAGUGCCCGUGAUCACUGUUCAAGCUCCACCUGUGCAACAGUGAGGAUGCAGACGACGGAUAAGGCUACGUAAUGAAGUAACAUGAGUGUCAGAUGUGAAUUUAAUCAAUGUUUUUAUACUAACACUGAGUCAACUGAUCCAAUGAAUAUAUGUAAGACAUCAUUUUUAGCACCAACCACAAAAAUCAUUAUAAUCACAUCUGCCAUUUUUUCUUAUUUUUAAACCUUGUUAAUGUUUUUAAUCAUUGUGUCCUACUGUUUCCUGCACCAAACAGAUAAAUCACAUGUAGAGACUAGUUUGAAAACAUAAUAUAAUGUUUAGCCUGUAGAGGUAUAUAUUAUUCUCCAGAUGUGGAGGAGACCAAAAACAGAGUUUAAAGGAGGGCAGAUAUUUGACUAACAUUCAUCACACAAGUUUGUCUUUGUUUACUGCAUCUUUAGCUCAUUUGUCCUCAUGAUGGCUAACAUAUUUGUCUUAAAAAUGUAUAAGAUGACGCAAGUUUUGGUUUUAAAGCUUGUUCUGAUGUCCCCUAGUGGUGUAAGUAAAGCAAAAAGUGCAGUUUUACAUAAGUCCUUUUUUACACCAGUCUGAAGGGGCAAACACCUGAAUAAUGAACAGGUUGAUAUUAAAGGGAAGGUCCACUAUUUCAAAGAUUUAUCAGGUACGAAACUUAAGAAGUCUUUGAUGUAAUUGCAUUUUGCAGGAAAAAAAUCUGUACGAAUUUAUGAAAAUUGAGCCGAUACUUAUCUACUGAUUUAUGAAUGUAAAAGGCGUAACAUGGCUUUUUAUUCAUCUGUGCCAAUACACAUUUUGUAAUUCUACAUGACAUGUAGGUUUUUAUUCAUAAUUAUCCAACUUUUUGAUUUUAUACUGAAUAAAAUAUUUUUUUAAAUCCCUAAAA